GUUCCAUCGAGAGAGGAAAGAGGGGAUCGGGAGUCAGUUAUGCGCCGCCGCCUGCCCUCCGCCGUCGCCGGCGGAGGCCUCGAAUAAGCAGCUCCUCCUUCCCCGAGCGGCUCCACUCCGGAACCUAGCAGCUAAUCUUCCGAGGAGACGCACGGCAACAGCAACUCUAGACAACAGUUUUCAGAAGACAAUGGCGAGGACCAGUCGCCGGCGAGAGGCUGCCAAAUUGAUGGCCAAACCAUCGGUCAAGGCCGGAUCCUCCCUCGACAAGCUGAAAGUCGAUCCAGAUGAUAGGAUCAGCAAGUUGCCCAAUGACAUCCUGCUCAACAUUCUUGACCGUCUCGAUUUCCGUGACGUUACAAGAACCAGUGUCCUCUCCAGAUGUUGGAGUCAGCUUCCUGCCAGUCUCUCACGGCUUAAAAUAAGUGCUCUCAGUUUCAUGCCCUCACAAACUAGCAUAUCUGAUGAUGAAUCGGGUGGAACAUUGCUUCGGAUCAAUGCAGUUAAUGCAGCCAAUGCAGCCGUGGUCAAAGCAACAAAGAGUAUGCUGGCACACAGGGAUCCAGGUGGAUGCACCAUCCGCCUCUUGAGCACGGUGUUCUACUUGAGAGGUGAUGCCCCCAUAUCCAUUGGGCAUACUGUGGGCAAUGCCAUGGCGACACACAGGGUUGAGAAAGCUGAACUCAUAGUUCUGACAGAGAAGAAGGGACACAUGUGCAGUAUUGCUGAUCUGGCGAACUAUGGGACACGGUUUGUGUCAUUUUUUAAUGAAUGCCACAAUGCAUUUGCUGGUCUCACACGCCUCUACCUGGAGAAUUUGAGUUUCCGUGAAUCUGACUUUGUCUCCAACAUCCUUGUCACUUGCAAGCAAUUGAAUUAUUUAGGUUUUUUCAAUUGUGACACAGAGGAUUGGAAACCGCUCCAAGUUGAACACGCACAGCUCAGUGACCUCAGUAUUGUCGAUUGCUGUUUUGACAUGGUCGAACUCACCUGGGUUCCGAAACUCACAUGGCUGGCGUUGGAGAUACUGGGAUCUCCGGAAGAACCACCACUGGUGCUGGGCUAUGUCCCAUUGCUUCGGGUUCUGAGACUUUCAACUAUUGCUCGCAAAAUGGUCAAGUUGAGUUCAUUUCUUCAUGAGACCUCUGUUCGAGACCUGACAUUGGGGUUUAAAUGCGAAAAGAUUUGGGUUCAACCAGAGAGUUUGACCAGAAGGCAGGCAUAUGUGUUCCAGCAACUAAGGAUUCUCAAUCUAGUUAAAAUUCCUGAAGGGUAUGAUCUCACCUGGACAAUGUUCUUCUUGGAAGCGGCGCCGUCCCUGGAGGAGCUCUACAUGAUGGUAUGGGAGCAUCGAUGUGAAAUGGAAAUGAAUCAGGAGUUUAGCAAGAACAAGGGCGUUGAGUGGGAAUCGCGUACAUCAAAUUUCAAGCACCACCGUCUGGCCAAGUUCAUCCUUGUCGGCUUUCAAGCUAAUGACUACAUGGUGAGUCAUGCCAGGCGUGUCUUGAAAGCAGCGGUGAAUCUACAAGAUGUGUACCUGUAUGAUAGACUAGUAUGUGCCAAGUGCCAAAACAAAGUAGAGGUUGCGCGCAUGUAUGAUGCAGUGGUACGUGGCAUGUGCCUAGGCGUGAAUCUGCCUAUAAAGUUCCCAUAUACAAAUGAGGACCAGCGUGCAGUGCAGAAGCGAAUGCCUCGGGGCAUUGGGUCACUUGCCAAAAUCCACUUCCUGACAUCUAAGGAAAUAAGGGCCGAACAUCUUCCAAGGAUAAUUGGAGGCUGUUGAGGCAGAUUGUUUUACUUGGAGUAUUUGUCAGGUGCUUUUGUGGUUGCAACGCGUUAUAUAACUAAAUUCAGUUGAAUGUAAUUUGCAGCACUAGUGUCCGUGAAUUCAAGAAUUCGAUGAUACAGUCAAAUUUCAUACCAAGUGCGUUGAGUUA